AUGACCAAGGUAGCAUUUAAUCGAACGACAGCCUGCGCCCCUUGUGCACAUGUGCUGUCGCAUGAUAUACAUCAGAACAUUGAGACAAGCCGAUUCAAUUGGGCUAUGGUCAAACUCGCAACUAAGGUUCCCACAUUCCCCUCCAAGGUGAAAUUUGUUGCAGAGUUUGUGCCGUUUGGCGCGUUGACAAUACAACUCCCAUUCUUCUUGGGAUGGCAAGGGGCAGCCUGCACCACCUGCCGACGUAAAAAGACGAAAUGCGAUGGCAGGCGCCCCACCUGUUCACCGUGUAAAGCAUUCAAUUUGCCGUGUGCUUUCCAAGAUGUUUUGAGGCACUCCAGUCGAACUAGCCGAGCAUAUGUUGAAGAGCUAGAGAAACGCGUUCAAGACAUGGAAAUGCAGCUACAAGACCGAACUCUAGAUAGCUCAUGGCGAGGGUUCGUAUCAGAAAACAAGAGGAACUCUCCUGCCCCAUCUUCGGCAGCCGCUGGUACAAGCGACGGCGCAACUUUUGAACUUAACGCUAUAGAGAGUCAACCCUAUUCUACAUCACCUUCCAGGUCCCAGCCGGAGGAAGGUAAUGCUCAGCCGAAUGUGGACGGUGGUGCUAGUCAGGCUCCGUAUGUCAUUAACGCCGAGGGCACAAAGAUGCGAUUUUUCGCUUCAGGCCAAGACCUCAACUCUCUAGAGGGCGGGAAACGAUCCGGAGCGUGGAUGACUGCUAGUCAAAAAACAGCAUCUAGAUGGCAAUUGUCUAGUUGGUAUCCCCGCAUUCUGCAAGGCGAUCCUGGGCAGCGCGCUUUUCAGACAUUACCCCCCAAAGCAACCACAACACAGCUGGUAAGCGAAUAUUUUGGCAGCUUUAAUAGAGCGGUCCCACUGUUCGACGAGGCUACGUUUACUAGGCUAGUGGAUAAACAGUUCGGUUGGAAUCCCGAUGAAAAUCCCUCGUGGUGGGCAUCCCUGAAUGUUGUGCUUGCAAUUUCGUACAGGGAAAGGGCACAAAAGUUACCUGAUGGAAGUGAGGAAUGGCAAAAGUCAAUGGGACACAUCAGGAAUGCUCUAAACGUGAUCGUAGAAUUCUUCAUGUGUUCUGCGGACCUACUUGCUGUCCAAGCAAUGCUGGGACUUGCGCUCCUUUUCCGAAGUACACCAAACCCUCAGCCACUCUUCAUGUUUGCCGCAGCGGCAAUGCGUCUUUCACAGUCUAUCGGGUUACAUCGUAAUCAGACAUCGGGGCUAUCUCCAUCUCACGUUGAGGAACGGCGGAGAACGUUUUGGAUCGCAUUCAUUCUAGACGCGGAUAUCUCUCAUCGAACCGGGCGACCGCCGGUGCAGGAUGUGAAUGAUUUCGACACCCCACUACCUUCCAAGUUUCCUCAUGACGGACUAGGAAUUUUGGAUGUGCAUGGGGCCCAUCUUGAUUACUUCCACCUGCUAGCGCGGUUUGCAUUGAUCCAACGAGGGCUAUACGACCGUCUCUAUACCGCCAACGUUCAGACAAAGGCAACUCGGGAUCUUAUCCAAGAAAUGAAAACUAGUGAGGAGGAUCUUCUUGGAUGGAGGACCUCUUUUGCAAAGCACUACAAUCCACAAAUUGCGUUCUCUAAUGCAUCUGAUUAUCAUCUUCAGCAUGUCCUAAGAUUGGACUUCGCGUACCACUGCUGUUAUGCCAAGCUUUACCAACUCUGCAUCCUUGCUAGGCGAUCGAUGGCGCAAGCUGCACAGGGUUUAGAAGACUUCCCAGCCUUAGAUAAGGUGAUAAAUAAUAUUCUUGUGAGGUCUCUGGAAUGUGCGAGGUCUGCGAUUCAACUCAUAAAACAUGUUGGUCUAUUUGGACCCUGCUUCGUAUGGGGUGUUAUAUACUUCCCUGCUGCUGCAUCAAUGACCUUGUUGUCGAACUUGCUGACAGAUCCUUCUCAUCAACAUGCUGUAUCUGAUCUUACCAUGGCUCAAGAAACAAUAAACUUGCUUUCUAAAGUUUCAUCUGAAGAGCCAGGUACAUAUGUUGAUUAUAUACUCGGAGUAUGCUCAGAGCUAAAGACUGCAGCCAAGAAGGCUGUAAGCCGAGCUGAUCAAGAUAUCUCCCAGCAAUCGAUGCGAUAUCUCAACAACACUCAGCUUUCUACAAACGAGACCGGAAAUCCAGCAAGUGGACAUGCUGUACCUCAUCCGAGUUUAGCAUCACCCCAAUCCGGAGACACAGAUCCUACACGGAGUUGUGCUAUUUUACAAAGCUAUGACAUGCCUUCGGUCGACCCAACUUUUGACUUGGCCAUGAAUUUUCAAUGGCCUGUUGCUCCUUUCUGGAACUGGGGCGAGAUGAUGACUAGCACGUCUGAUGGUGGAAUAGACAAUGGACAACUCUUAUAA